AUGGUUCAAUACAAGGUGCGAGUAACGUGGAUCUUUUCUCCUGAACAAGAUAGAGGUGGCGGCCAUGGCUGCCGCUGUCUCAGCCGCCACCUCAGAUCCAGGAUGUUCCUCGUCAACCUUGUAAGCACGUCGGGAAGUUGUCAUGUCCUCUGGUCGCUGCCAACACAGGCCGUCUGUGAGGCCAGAGUGGUGUCGCCAGGUCACUCUUUGGUUGUAUGGGAGGUGGCCAGAUCGUUGGGCCUCAAAGUAGAGGAGGCUCUUAGAGAGGGCUUCUCCAUAAUCGUGGGAGUGACAAAACGAAAACGACAGCGUAAAGAAUACAACAAGAAAAUUUUUGGGGUGUGCUAA